GCAAUGUUGCGUACCAUGAACAAGACCCUGAGGAGCGAGAUUGGUCACCAGAAAGCAACCAUGAUUUUCGAGACGUCGAAAGUUGUCAACGGCACAGUGGAAGUUGCGGACGACCAGGGAUUUCGAGACGAGUUUUUUCACCUGAGAUACAGCAACUGCUACUCGUACAACGUGGAGUGGACGGGCUCUGGAGUCAGGGACGCCGAGAUAGCGCGCCAGAUCGACUUGAGACUGAUCCUGUUCCUGGAGCAGCAAGAGUACCCGCGCCCGGACGUGUGGCCCGGUGCCCAGAUCGUAUUUCACGACCCCGAGGUCAUUCCCGACCCCGAGGUGGACGGCAUACCAUUGCGCGCUGGACACAACUAUAUUUUCACGCUCAGACAGAUGAUCACAAAGCGGCUGCCCAAGCCCUACUGGACUAAGUGCGUCAACUACCCAUUUGUGCGUCGAGAGCAGUACGUCAUGAAGAUGACCAAACCGCUGUGCGAGAAGGAGUGCGCCUACAACGCCUCGCUGCUCAUGUGUCGCUGCAUCCGCGUCGACGUGGCGCUGCCCUACGAGGUGGACUGGGACAGGCAGCCCUCCGGCAAGAGACGCUUCUGCGACGCCGACAUUGCACUGACACGCUGCUGGGUCAAAGUACUGGACGAAACUGAACGUUGCCAGAAGAAAUUCUGUCGACGACCAUGCCUGGAGAGCCAGUUCGAGACAUCCGUCACUCAGGACCCCUGGCCCGAUGAGAUUCUCUUCAUGCAGCACUUGGAUUCUGAUGGCCAACUUAUCUUCUAA